UUCACACUUCACUCUUUAUGGCAAGUACCCUUUUGCACAAAGAACUGAUGAAUGUGAGUCCUAGUACACACGGUUACCCGCGACUCUGCAACAUGUGCAAGGCGGCCUCCUGUGUUUUCUUCUGCCAGAGCCACUCGGCUUUUCUCUGUACUGGGUGUGAUCAGAUAGCCCAUGAAGGCAAUAUUAGUGAUGCUCAACAUGAGCGCUUUUGGAUUUGCAAUUCUUGUGAAAACGCCCCAGCUAGCUUCGCCUGUGAGGCUGAUGCGGCUGUUUUGUGUGCCAACUGUGACAUUGAGAUACACUCAGCCAAUAUGUUAGCUUGCCGGCACACACGAGUCCCAGUGACUCCAUUGUCCAGCUCCCUUUACGGACCUCCCAGCUCCACCCGGAUCAAAACGCCGAGACCGAAGGACCGAAGGCUCAUGAGUGCAUAGAAGAAGAUGAAAUCAAUUCCUGGUUGUUGCUUGAUCCACCUAGUAGAAAAGGCAACCAAACUAGUGAUGAGUUACUCUAUGGUGGGGAGGCUGAUGAGUAUUUGGAUCUUAUAGAGUAUGGUUCAUGCACCGAGCAUCAAGCCCUGGACAAGUGCAAUCCACUGGAAACUAGAAUUGACAAGGGGCAAAGCACCAGUGAUGGCGUCGUGCCGGUUCAGUUGAUGGAUUCCACAGCCCAACAGAAUGUCUGCUGGGACAACAAGAACGGAAUAGCAAAAGAUGCUUUCGUUAGCAACCCUUCAAGCAACCAUACUGUUUCUCAUUCAUUUUUCCAUGCCAGCAUAUCAAGGCUACAAACAAUGAACGAGAUCUCAAAUUCAUUUGCCAGGAUUCCAAUUGGGACGACAGGAAUGUUCUCAAACCCUCCACUCUUAAGGCCUUUUCAGAAUCCUGCUAUAAAUAGGGAGGCCAAGGUUUUGAGAUACAAAGAGAAAAGGAAGGCGAGGAAGUUCGAUAAGAAAAUAAGAUAUGCCUUGAGAAAGACCUACGCUGACAGUCGUCCUCGAGUCAAAGGCAGGUUUGCUAGGAGAUCAGCUGCGGAACUCAAAGUAGAUCAGAUGUUCUCAAUGGAAGACUAUGGUUAUGGCUUCGUUUCGUGUAUUAAGUUUUGUUAAAUAGAUUUAGAUCUGCUUGAGCUAGUAAGAGAAACAAUUAUUGUCUAUACCAUCUCAUGGCGGUUAUUGUAAUCCUCACGUGCGAACUAUUUGGAUUAAUAAAAUCAUGUGUAAGUUUUGGAUUUGAUUAAUCCUU